GGACCAAAUCCAAUUUGCAAGGGCUGCUUAUCGUGUUCAAAGGAUAAUGGGUGCAUCAGAUGCCAACACAAGUUGUUCUUCUUCCUGCGGAGAGAGGGGAUGCGGCAGUACGGGGAGUGCCUGCACUCCUGCCCCUCGGGCUACUACGGGCUGCGGACGCCAGACAUGAACAGAUGCUCACGGUGCAGAAUAGAAAACUGCGACUCCUGCUUUAGCAGAGACUUUUGUACCAAAUGCAAAACUGGCUUUUACUCGCACAGAGGCCGCUGCUUCCGAGGAUGUCCCGCUGGAUUUGCAGCCUUGGAGGAGCUUAUGGAAUGUGUGGAAGGCUGUGAAGUGGGCCAAUGGAGUGAGUGGGGAACUUGCAGCAGAAAUAACAAAACCUGUGGAUUUAAGUGGGGCCUGGAAACGAGAACAAGACAAAUAGUGAAGAAGCCAGCAAAAGACACAAUACCAUGUCCAACCAUUGCAGAAUCCAGACGGUGUAAAAUGGCCAUGAGGCAUUGUCCAGGAGGAAGAAGGCCAGCAAAAACGAAGGACAAAAAAAAGAAGAAAAAGAAUUUGAUGGAAAGGGCUCAGAAGCAGCACAGCAUCUUUUUAGCAACAGAUAAAACAAGCCAAUAAAACUUGAUUUUCCUUAAUGUAUUUUUUUGCAAAGUGCACAAAAGCUGCUAUAUGCUCCUGCCCACGGAUGCACUACAGUUCAGCUGCUUUGACAGUA